GCGUCGCUAAAGAAUCGCUUCCACCAUCCGCCUUCCAAAUUACAUUAAGGCAGCAUUUCCAUUCCGUCUUAUGCCACGCAUCUCGUUUUCGUAAAAAAGUUAAACCUUACUACAUAAUGUUUAUUCUGCUUCACUUUGAGAAUGCAGCCUAAUAUUCGUUUAUAGCAAGUUCGAGGUUAGUUUGACGACAACGUGCCCUACUCAAGUUUGAAUAAUUUGUAACCUAUUCCUGUAUGUUUAUAUAAUAUCAAUAUGAAAACAAGACAAACAAAAAAAACAAAAAUAAAAGUUCUUAAAACCGGCCCAAAACAAACCAAAGCUAAAUUACCCGAGUAUAAGAGGAAAAACAAGUUUAUUAAAGUGAAACAAAAGUCAGCUUUUAAGGCUUUAACAAUGAAUUCAUCUUAUUCGAGUACCAAAAAUUCUUUACACAGUGAAGAACAAGAUACACAGAGUAUUAAACGAAAAAAGAAAAAGACAUGUAGUGAUAGCAGUACAGCCUCAUAUUCUAUGGAUCUUUCCUUAGAGUCCAGAGAUGAGUCAGCAGAGAUACAGACAUCCAGAGACAAAAAUACCAAGCAGUACCAUGCUAUUUCUGAACAACAAAGGAAUUUAGGUUCACCUGUAAUAGUUGAAGCCCUUUCAGAAACACUCUCUUCUUUGAGUAUACCAGAAGGAUUAAAACAGAGUCACAAAUUAACAAAGGAUAACAAUAAUUGUAACUAUAAUCCUUCACGCACAUGGAAUACAUACUCAGAAAAUGAUGAACCUUGUAUUAUUGUUGGUGAAUCAGUAAAUCCAAACAAUAGACCUUAUGUAACAGAAAAUAAUUCUAGUACAGUGACAUCCUCAAAGAAUAAUUCUAAGCAAAGAAAAAGUAAGACACCUUUAAAGACUAAAAAUACUGAUAGCAACACAUGGGAUUCCAAUGAACCAUCUACCACAUUUGAAGAAUGUCUUGAAAAUAUUAGAAUUGAUAGAACUAUUAGUAGUAGAAGUUUAUCAGAUGUGGAAACUGACACUUUUACAUUAAAAAAGAACAAGAAUAGUAUCCCAAAUAAACAGUGUUCAUUGCGAUUUUAUUGUUUAAGAAACAAGGUUCUAGUCGUAAUGCCUAAAAAGACACAAUUCUGUUUUACUGGUAAAAUUGUUUUAAAAGUAAUAUAUGGAGCAGUUGAAGUUUAUGGAUAUCUGAUUAACAUAGACACUAAACCUAUGGAGAUCUACUCUCCACGGGGAUACAGCAGUAUUUCAAUCAAAGCUAGUAACAAAUUUUCACAAGAAAUCCAGCCAGAUGUUUGGACAUCUCUUUCCAUUGAAGGCAUUACUCGAGAUAUUGAGAACAAACUGGUGGCUGACUUAAACAAUCUUCAAGCCGGUACGACGGUUGUACUGCUAUCGAAUCUAGAAAACAAACUAACAAAGUUUCUGAAUGUAUUUUAUCCAUUCCGACUUUUUCCAAGCAUAAGGAACGUGUCAUAUCAGACCUGGACCGAUCCGAAGAGGGCUGAAGUAAUUCUACAGUCAAAUCUUUAUGUUGGUAAUUAUACUUGCAAGGAGUUGAUCAUUGAUCAAUGUAUAACACAAGAGGUUAGCGAAGCAAUGUUGAAUUAUUGGCGCGUCAAUAAAUGGUCUUGCACUUUGAUUGCUGGCGGUAAGAGCGUCGGAAAAUCUACUUCAGCACGGCAUCUGAUAAAUAGUCUCUUACUUACUAGCAAGAAAGUCGUUCUCGUAGACGUCGAUCCGGGUCAGACGGAAUGUACACCGGCCGGUUGCAUUUCGUACAGUUUAAUUGAGGAGCCUUUGAUGGGACCAAAUUUUACUCAUUUAAGGCCUCCAGCUUUUCAAUUGUAUAUUGGUGAUGUGAACGUGUCCCGAUGUCUCACGCGGUACAUUGAGGGAAUUAAAAUGCUGGUGGAUAAACUAUCAAGUUGUCCUGUCAUGUCCCGAUUACCAAUUGUAGUGAACACUAUGGGAUUUACUCAUGGCAUUGGCUGGGACAUCGUGAUUUUCACCACAAAAUUAAUUCAACCUUCACUGGUAGUGCAAAUUAUGUCUGAGAAGUCCAAAAGUAACUUCCCUAACUACUUGAGCAAAGAAGUAAUAAAUGAACAGGAGCUUACGUGGGCCUCCUGGAGUGCAAACGUAUUGAACUGGAAUCAACCGUGUAAUCAUAAGUUAUACGUGAUACAAUCCCAUGCUGAACGUAAAAGCACUUCAGUAAACGAAACUUGGAACAUGGAGCCAUAUCAACAACGAGAACUUGUGUUGAUAUCUUACCUCAGUGAGAUUGUGCAGAAUCCUAUGGAUUCUACUUCUUGUUACGACGCUAUAUCAUUAAGUAUUAAUGCAGCUGUGCCGUAUGUGACACCUAUUUCUUCGUUAACUAUCUCGGUUCCACAAACAUCAGUGCCGCCAUCGCAUGUUUUAAAUGUGGUGAACGGUAAUAUAGUAGCUUUAUGUGGAAUUGACAUAGAGAAUGCAGAGUUGCAAACCACUGAUCUGACUUCCGGUCCCAGAAUACUAAACAGAAUACCAUUGUGUUCGUGUUACGGUUUCGGAAUUGUCAGGGGAAUUGACACUGAACGCGAAGAAAUAUUCAUAAAUACUCCGUUAUCAGCUGAAAUAAUGCAGUGCGUGAACUGUUUAGUGGGUUGCAUACCGGUGCCUGUUACGUUACUGCAGUUGAAUCAACACAGGAACGUGCCUUACACUGGUGGCGACAACGCGUUGCCAACGAGUCGAGAACAUCGCAGGGGAUACUUCCGUAUGAGAUACCAAAACAUGAAGGCUAAUUCGUAACGACUAUUUGAAAACAUUCGCGACAUUGGGUACAGCUGUAUAUAUUGAGAACGCUUAUGUUUGUUGCUUCAGAAUGAUUGUUGAUAAUCAUCUUUUUAUUUUUAUUGCCAAGAUAACAGCAAUUAAAGAGGUACAUCUUGUAGGAUACGUUUAACAUGUCUGUAAAAUAUUUUUUUCACUCAUGGCGGUGUAGAAAGAAUACACAUUACAAAAACACGAUCGAGCACGUGUGAACAAGGCACAGAUAAACGGCAUAAAUUACCGGUUACUCUAAUUGUAAUAAAAUUAAAAAUAAAUGAUAAAAAUGAUUAAAAAGG